GACAAGACCAAGCGCUCUCUAUCAGCAGAUGAAGCUCUAGGCAUCCACGUACUCCCUCAAAUGCAAUACUGGGAUAUUUGUGAAGAGCAGACUGAAGGCAUGGUGACCGAUGCCGGUCAACCUACCAGCAAUAAGAGAUCAGGAAGUUGAAGCAGUAAUGGGUAUAGACAGACGAAUUGUUCCCUACUUCAUUAACCGGUUUGUUGGCGAGGAUGAUCGCCGGAAACUUGCGAAGGCGUGUCAUGAUGUAUACCAGUCGCCCGGGGACACUGACUUGGUCGUGUCGAUGAUGCUACCGGUUGUAUGAUUCCACCUGGUUGCCAAACUGACCACGGAGUUACUCAACGAAAUCUUCAAA